GGUCUCGAGUUGAAUUUUGAAAAUAGACUUUCCGCGCGCCUGCCACAAAGCUCAGCUCACCUGUGCAAACCUCCGUAAUCUCCAUUUUCCGUCCAUGUCGAAGACCUCAGUUUCAUCUCCACAGUCUUCAAAACCCUAAACCUAACAAUGGCUUCUUCUUAUGCCGUCGUAGACGACAAAGACCUCGACGACGCUGCUUUGUGGGCCGUAAUCGAUUCCGCCGCCGCGAGAGCUUCACACUCUUCGUCCAAGUUCCUGAAGCCUCUGGCCAUCAAAUACCCAAAUUUUGAAUCCCAAUCCCCAAUCUCAAACCCCUCUCCUCCUCCUCCACCUCCCUCGAAGCAGCUCUGCAGGACCAGUCCCGCCGAUUCUCACUCCACGAUCUCAACCGCAGAGGACUCUUGGCCAUUUCGUCCACCUCGGAAGAUCAUCAGGACCUGCUCUUCGGAACUGAACGACACUAGUCCCCUUGUCGUCUUUAGGAAUGUGCAGCAUUCUCCUACUACCAAUCCGGCCUAUUUCUCACCUGAAUCCUAUUUGUCGCCGGAGAUUAAUAAGCAUUUCCACGCUCCCGAGAGUUCGCCGAGGAGUGAGGACGACAAGAGCGCGAGGCAUAGCUUGUCGGGGAGGUUUCCUACGGUUUCGUUGUUUAAGGAGUACCAAAAUGCAGCUAUGGCGAUUUUGGAGAAAACUGAUUACAUAAUGCUUUCUGGAAAUCCUUUCAUAAAAAAGUCAGGUUGGAGGAAGAUAGCAUUUUACUUUAAUCUCUCUUUUGAAAUAAAAGACAAGAGUAUCGAAUUUGAUGAGAACCGUAAUGUUCUGCGCGCUGAAUUUGUGGUUCGAGCUUAUAUGCAGGGUGGUAGGUUCUCAGAUGGAUGGGGCUCAUGUGAGCGGCGUGAGAAGAGAUUUCAUAAACCAAAUCAUGAUAUUCCCAGCACAGCAGAAACUAGAGCCAAAAAUAAAGCAUGUCAGGACCUGCUAGGUAUUGGGGAGUAUAGGCCUGGAGCAGGUCAAGUCCACCGAUAAAGAUACUGUAUUGCACCUGGUUUGGCUGUUAUGGUCCACUAAAUUCUCCGAAAUUAGAUAUUGAUAGAAUUAUACGCAUCAAGUUCUUUCAAAAUGAUGCCAACUGACUGUAUUUCUCUUGAAAUCACCAAAUGGCUGUUGCCAAUUGAAACAUAAAGAUAUACAUAUCAAAUUCUUUCAAAAUGAUACGAACAGAAAUAUUAUCUAUUCGUGUUUGGAUGCUCUUUUAAUUCGAUUUUAAUUUUGAUUUUGGUUUCAGAAAGCGUAAUCAA